AUACAUGAUCAAACGAACAUCCUUCCCACGCGCCAGCUACUAUGCGUGUUUCUAGCCCUCGCCGCAGCUUUCUUCACUAGCUACUUCGACUCGAACUCCGUGGGAGUUGCUUUGCCCAACAUCGGAAAGGACCUCCGCUGCGCCUCUACUGUCCUCUGGGCUGGUACUUCCGCAUGGAUUGCCAACACGGCAACCCAGCCGCUUGUUGGCCGGCUCUCGGACAUCUUUGGUCGCAAGGUCGUGAUCGUCACGUCUUUGUUCAUCUUAGCCCUUGGUGAUUUUCUCUGCGGUUUUGUUGCAAAGACGGGCCCCCAGUUUUACGCCUUUCGCGGCAUUGCGGGUAUUGGACAAGGCGGCAUCACAGCGCUCUGCAUGAUAAUCGUGUCAGACGUCGUGACCAUGCAAAAGAGGGGCAGGUAUCAAGGAAUCCUAGGAAUCUGCGUCGGGCUAGGAAACUCCAUCGGGCCUUUGGUUGCGGCCCAAUUUACGAAACACACCUCCUGGCGGCACACCUACUAUCUGCUAUUCCCAUUGGCAAUCGCCAUCGCACUCUUGUUGAUUUUGACCCUUCCUCCACAGAAUAUGCCGAAGCAAGACUUGCGCGAUACUCUUAGGAAGAUUGACUACCUUGGAAUAGUUUUGAGUACUACGGGAACCAUACUAAUGUUGAUUCCGGUCGCUGGCCUGGGAUCGGAAUUCAAGGUUACCAGCCCCUUGGUCAUUUCGAUGUUUACUCUUGGUAGCAUUUGCAUGCUGCUCUUUAUCAUCAAUGAGUGGAAAUAUGCUCGUCUCCCUAUGAUACCGGGGCGACUUUUCGGCACCUUACCACUCGCUGCAAUGUUCACACAGAACUUCCUGAUCGGAGGUGUCUACUUUAGCGAAUUGUUCUUCCUCCCGGUCUACUUCCAAUCGGUCCGCCGAUUCGACGUUGCUAAGUCUGCAUCAUUGAUCAUCCCGCUGGUCAUCUCACAAUCGGCAGCCUCGGGAUUGUCGGGACAAUACAGUGCCUGGACGGGGAGAAAUGGCGAAGUUAUCUGGUUUGGCUUCGUUUGCUGGACUAUUGGCGCAGCGCUGCACUUACUGUUCAACCAGACCACCUCGAUAGUGGUGAUUGUCUUCGUGCUCAUCCUGACUGGAUUUGGCGUUGGCUGCAUAUUUCAGCCUACGCUCGUUCUUGCCCAAAAUCAGUCGCGAUCAGAGGACCGCGCGGUGUGUGUCACAACCCGCAACUACAUCCGCGCCUUGGGUGCUUCUGCCGGAAUGGCUAUUGGUAGUGGCAUCUUCUCGCGUACGCUGAAGACAAGUAUACCCAAAACACUGCCCAAGUCAACGACUCGUGCUAUUCUCCGCUCCAUAUUUUCAGCUCCACUCCCGGAUAAAAUGCUUGCCGCCAAUCAUCAGGCGGCGAUGUUAGCUACAUACUUAAAAGCCUGCAGAAGCGUAUUCAUCUUCUGGAUUGCCCUCAUUGGCUUCUGUCUAUGUCUAUGCCUCUUUAUCAAAGAUGAUGGAAUCAAGAAGAAGCUAGAGAAGGAAGAA